UUCCGCCACUCGAAAUGUGGGAAGGCGCACAUCCUGGAAAGGCCCGUGAGACAUCUGCAGAACCCGCGUGGGAUGCCUGCGAUGGGAAUAUGACAAUGUAUCAUGGUAAAGUUAGCAUUUGGAGUCAAUUUGGAAAUAGAAAAAGCUGGAGUUGAGGAUUUCUGACUCAGAAAAGCAAAUGAAUUGGUUCUGGAAGAAGUGGAACCUAUCGUCUGGGCUUCUUCCAGGUCGAAAUGGACUGCAAGGGAGGGGGCAGGCACUGCCGGGGCAGGCAGGGUGGUAUCAGUGUGUGCUGCUGUGUGUAUGGGGCCUGGAUCUGUGAAGACCCUACCUGGUCUCAAGUCCUCCAGCACUUCUGCUGAUCUGCAAUGGACAACUUCCAGUACAGCGUCCAGCUCAGUGACCGGGACUGGGCUGAGUUCUCAGCUACUGCUGACGAGUGUGGCCUAUUGCAGGCUGGUCUGGCCUCUGGUGACGAGCUCUUGUCCAGUGACAUUGACCAAGGAGAUAGCAGUGGCAGCAGCCCCCCUGGGCCCCCACCCCUCUUCACUGGGCAGCUGGCUUCUAGGGGGAAGGGCUGUCAGGGUUACGAAGUUGAGGACGUGGCCACCCAGCAGCUGGUCAGCAGGUCUCAGUGUGAGCCUGUCCUGGCUCUGGGGACUGGUCAGCAGUCAGCCAGUACAUCCACACUGUCAGAAGUUCUUCCGUCCCUCUACUCAGACGGUACCUUUCCAAACCAGUGCUUGUCCCCAGCAGGCUCAGGAACUUCCAGAGACAAGAUGCAGAGGCUUCUGCAGGGCCCUGCCCCCAGUCCCUCUGGAGAGCCCCCUCGGAGUUCGGACUCCUCUGGCCACAAUGCUGCCCCUCAGAGGCCCCCUGAUAGUCCUGGAGCCCCAUUGCGGAGCCCUGGUCGCAAGAAGAGACGUGGUGUGGGUGCCAAGGGGGGCAAGUGCACAGGAACCCCAGGCCCUGCUGCUGCCCAGCUGGACUCCCCAUUGCUCUCCGAGGCCAGGCCUGAGGAGGGCCUUGGAACUGGGACAGGAAAGCUGGUGGCGAAAGCCCCGCUGGACUCUGCUGGUGCUCCUGAGCACAGCUCCAGGGCCCCUGAACAUGUUGCCAGACAAGGGCAUGGCUUGGAUCUGUCUACACCUGUCCCAAUAACUAAGAAAGGUUCAGACCAAAUCAGAAUGAAUCCCAGAGCUGAACUAGAUAUGGAAUCCAAAUCUGUCCAGGAGGUUCCUCCAGAUACCUCCACAGUCAAGCCAGAUGUGGAUCUGUCUCUACCCACCUCCAAGCCUCAAACAGACAUGGCUUUGAUUACAUCUGUCUUCAAGUCUCAGUCUGACAUAACUUUGUCUACACGUGCCUCUGAGCCUGAAAUGACUUUAUCUACCCUUGCCUUUAAGCCUCAGCCCAACAAUGGCUUCUCUAUAGCUGCUUCUGAACCUAGCACGACUUUGUCGAUACCUGACUCUGUGCCUCAGGUGGAUCAGGCUGGGUCCCCAUCUGCCUCCACACCCAGGCAUGCGGACCUACCUGCAGCAGGUCCAGGGGUCGAGCCAGAGCUGGAUUCAUCUAUGCCUGUCUCAGUGGCUGCUCCUUGUACAGCUCUGCCUCAUUCUGCCUCCAAGGCUGAGUGUGAAGUGAGUGUAUCUAUACCUGAGAUGCCUUCCUUACCCAUUGCUCCUCAGGCUGAGGCUGCCAUGGUGGACACAGAGGUGGUUAUGCCUUCAGAGGAGCACAAACAGAAGCCAGGAGGGGUGCUCUCAGUAGGUGCCUUUGGAUCCCCUUUGAGGGAGACCUUCCCUGGCCCUGUACAAACCCCUAAGAGGAAAAAAGUGCGAUUCUCUGUGGCUGUGCCUGGCUAUGAGGAGUCAGGAACAGGCAGACCUGCAGGUCUGCCCUCUCCAACCCCAUCUGGGACCCCAGCUCCCAGGACAGCAGCAGGGAACCGGGGCGGAUCUGCAGCCUGGGAUGCCGUGGCUGUUGGGCCUCGAUCUCCCCAGCCUCGGAUCCUUAAGCACUUGCCGCCUCCUGCUCCCUCUGCCUCAGCAGGCCUUGAACCCAGAAAAAGCUUUGCGGUGACCCUCCCCGAGGCCUACGAGUUCUUCUUCUGUGACCCCAUCGAGGAGGAGGAUGAAAGUGUUGAGGAGGAUGCCGCAGCCAGCCAGGCUCUGGGGGAGCUCCAGUGGCCAGACUCAUGCGAGCUCUUCUUCCAGGACUGUGGAGCCCAGAGGUCUAGGCGUCAGGCGCAGCCCUCCCCAGUCCCAUCCCCAAGAGCUGAGGCUGUGGCAGCUGCUCCUCCUGGAGACCUGGUGCCCAUCUCCAUCCCUGAGGCCUAUGAACAUUUUUUGGGUGAGGAAGGGUUUGAUGAUGUGCUGACACCAGACACCCUUCUUCAGCUGCAGACCUCAGAACUUUCCAGGGAAGUGGAGCCUGAGACAUCCUCUGAGCCCGCCUCAGCUACAACAGAGCUGCUUGGCUUGACAGUCAGAGAGACAGGGGAGUUCCGGGGCCCUCUCGCUUCGUUUACCUUCAGCCAGAAUGACAUGUGUCUGGUGUUUGUCGCCUUUGCCACUUGGGCUGUGAGAACUUCAGAUCUACAUGCUCCAGAUGCUUGGAAAACAGUCUUGCUGGCCAACAUUGGCACCAUCUCCGCCAUUCGCUACUUCCGCCACCAGGCACGGCGAGGGCACAGCCCCACCCGUAGCCCAAACUCCAGCUCCAGCCCCAGCUGCUAGAAGCCAGGUUGGCCUGGCAAGCCACAGGACGUGGAGAUGAGCCCAGGUGCCCAGGACAAGGUGCUACUCUUCUCCUCACUCUUUGAGCCCCGUCUUCUGCAUCCAAGAGGGAGCUAGUGUCCUUGGCGAUGACUUCCUGGACUCCACCAAGAGUCCAGCCAGUAGCUAGACCAAGGCCACACUCUACAUCGAGGAGGGCAGAAGUUUAGGAUUCUGUGUGGGUGGGCACUGAGCAGGGAGCUGAGUAGCAGGACAUCAGAUUAUCAAGUGAAACACAAGACAAAAGCUGGCAUGGUGGCACAUGCCUUUAAUCCCAGAACUCAGGAGGCUGAGGUAGGAGGAUCACUGUGAGUUUGAGGCCAGUCUGGAGCUACAGAGUGAGUUCCUGUCAGCCUGGACUAGAGUAAGACUUUGCCUUGAAAACAAAACAAAACAAAAAUUAAAAUAAAACAUAGAACACCAGCUAAAUUUGAAUUCACAUGCACUACUUGGCAUGUACAUGUAUGAAUAAAUUAUUUGAUAUUUAUCUGGAAUCUAAUAUAAGGCUGGGAAGUCAGCUCAGUGGUUAAAUGCACUUGUUUGAAAUCUAACUUUACUGAGCACCCUCCCUUUCACCUGCUCGGUCAUGCAGAUGGCAUGAGCAGCAGGCGAAGACUCUACAAUGAGAAGUGUCAGAGCAACCUUUUGGGUCUGGGAUGAGGUCACUGGGUGGCUUUAAAGCUGGGAGAGCACAGCUCAGGGACUAUGCCCUGUGCACAGGCAGGAAGGGCUGGUAAGGGCCCCCAAGGCCCUUCUGACCUCUGAGCUGAGGCACCAUGGCCACAGCUCGCCUGGUCCUGGCCUGAGUCAGUGAGCAGGUCCUAGGAGACACCUUCAAAGAUCGCUUCUGUGGCCCCCAAAGUGCAGGGGCUGUGGGGCAGGGCUGCAGCAGGCGGUACAGGGUGCAAACAGAAUGUUGUGACCUCUGAUGCAAGGGCUGUCUACGGGGACUGUCACAGUGAGCUUGUGUGGGGCCAAGGCUGAGAGGAGUUGUGGAUUGUGAAGGUGAGUGAAGGGCCUGAGGUGGUACAGUGAUGGCUGGUGCAGGGCAGGGUUUUGCCCGUGGCAGCGCAUGCAGGGUUCCCAGGUUGGUGGGGAACCUUAGUUGCUCAGAGGGGAACAUAGGAACACAGCACCAAUAAAAUCUUUCUUUCUUGUU